GGUGAGUGGAAUACAUGAGCAUUUCGGAAGGAUUCGAAUACAUUUUCCUAGCCUAACUUUGCUAUUCUCUGAAGAGGGAAUCAGUAAAAAGUCAAUGGUUAAUAUUUUUAUUCGUAAUCGUGGAGCUAGGCUUUCGUGCGUGAGGUGAAAGUUAUACUUUUUAUGGAGUGUUUAUUCUCGCUUGGUUUUGCAAUGCAAAUCUUUGAGUGAACUCGACAGCGUUACGGAUGUGCCUUGAACGAACUUUUAAUUGUUUUAAUGACAUUUUGUGCAGAAACGUCAAUUGAAUACCAACUACACACUUUCACACAAAGACACACACACGAACCUUGUAUUUGUUCUGAUUAUCUUUUAAUGCUUGGAUCACAUACCACACACAUUAACAUGUAGACACGCCUUCACAUAUGCUAACUCUGCGGGAAAAAGUGCAGUUAAGUGCUGCUCGAAAUGCCGUUUAAUUAUGAAUUUCAUUCAAAUCGAUUGCAGUUAUAAUUAUUGACCAAUUGUGUUGUUGUUAUUAAUAAUUGAUACGCCUUUGUCCUCGCAUUGGCUGCAAUAGCCACAAGACGCUCACCUAACAUUUAGUUGCUCGGCACAACAACAGCAGUUUGCAACAAUUGACAAUGAGGAGUCUAUUUUUAUUAUUGCGAAGGAACACAUUUUGAAUUCCUUCACUUCAUUCGCACAAUGCUCGACGAGACAGCGCAUAUUGUUAAAGAAUUUGUUUAUUGUGUUUUGAGCAGAGGUGGCGCCAAGAUGUCUGUGACACUCUAUUAUCUACCGCCGAGUCCACCAUGUCGCGCCGUUUUAUUGUUGGGCAAAAUGCUGGGCAUCGAUUUCGAUUUGAAGAUCGUCAAUGUCUUGGCCGGUGAUCAGUUGAAACCCGAAUUUUUGCAGCUAAAUCCCCAACACUGCAUUCCAACGAUCAAUGAUGAAGGUCUGGUGUUGUGGGAGAGUCGUGCGAUCUUACAAUACAUGGCCGCAGCUUAUGGAAAAGACGAUUCUCUCUAUCCGACAGAUGUUCGUUCUCGUGCUUUGGUCGAUCAGCGAAUUCAAUUUGAUUUGGGCACCUUGUAUGCGCGGAUGUACGACUGCUAUUUACCAACUGUACUCUGGAGCGCUCCUGUGGAUGAAUCGAAGAAACCUCGUUUAGCCGAAGCUUUCGAUUGGUUCAAUACCUCUUUGAAGGGUCACGAAUUCGCUGCACUAGAUCACUUUACGAUUGCCGAUCUCACCUUGUUAGUUACCGUUUCGCAAUGUGAAGCUUUUGGUUUCGAGGUGGACUCCUAUAAUCGUGUCAAACAUUGGUUGCGACGCUGCAAGGACUACAUGGCACCGUACGACUAUGAGGAACUAAAUGGCAGCAAAGCAAUUACAUUGGGAGAUAUGUUUCGAGCAAAAACAGAGAUCCCAUAACUUGAAUGUUGAUUAAAAUAUUUAGUCAUUGUCAACUAAUGUGAAAAAUGGGGUAUUUUUUUUGUUUCCGAAGUAACAAAAUGUUUUGAAACUAAUUUAUGAUAAUAAUAGAGAAAUUAAGGAAAUUUUUGCAAGUGGAUUUACAACUUCAAUAUUUCCACAAAGGUUCUUUAAUAAAAGCAACAACAUUUUUCAUUACUAUGAAAGCAAAAAUAUUCCCCAUUUCUAUUGGUUGUUGUAGUUCUAAUGUAGUAGUUUGUUUUGAAUUUUGAAAUUCUUAGUAAAAAUAAAUGACACCCUUGUAGUAAAUAGCACAAAGCAAAAUCA